AUUUUCUUCAAUUCCAGUCUUCCCCUUGGGCCUCUCUUGGCAUUUGCACAGCUCUGCGCAGGAGAGAUGAGUGGGCACGACUCCAAGUAUUUCUCCACCACCAAGAAGGGUGAAAUUCCUGAGCUCAAAGAAGAGCUCAAUUCACAGUACAAGGAUAAGAGAAAAGAUGCAGUUAAGAAGGUCAUUGCUGCAAUGACGGUGGGGAAGGACGUAUCUUCACUCUUUACAGAUGUUGUGAAUUGUAUGCAAACAGAAAAUUUGGAGCUCAAGAAGCUUGUGUAUUUAUAUCUCAUCAACUACGCAAAGAGCCAGCCUGAUCUUGCUAUACUCGCAGUGAAUACAUUCGUAAAGGAUUCCCAGGAUCCAAAUCCUUUGAUACGCGCUUUGGCUGUGAGGACGAUGGGAUGCAUUCGUGUUGAUAAGAUAACAGAGUAUUUAUGUGACCCAUUGCAGCGUUGCCUCAAGGAUGAUGACCCAUAUGUUCGCAAGACGGCAGCUAUAUGUGUUGCUAAACUAUAUGACAUUAAUGCAGAGUUGGUAGAGGAUAGAGGCUUCCUAGAUGCUCUCAAGGAUUUAAUAUCUGACAACAACCCAAUGGUUGUUGCAAAUGCUGUUGCGGCUCUUGCGGAGAUCCAAGAGAGCACUAGCAGAGCCAUCUUUGAGAUCACCAGUCAUACACUUACAAAGCUUCUUACUGCUCUAAAUGAAUGCACCGAGUGGGGUCAAGUUUUCAUUUUGGAUGCUCUUUCCAAGUAUAAAGCAGCUGAUGCUCGUGAAGCUGAAAAUAUAGUGGAACGAGUUACUCCUCGAUUACAACAUGCAAAUUGUGCAGUUGUGCUCUCUGCUGUAAAGAUGAUCCUCUUGCAAAUGGAACUGAUUACCAGCACCGAUGUAGUCCGGAACCUUUGCAAGAAGAUGGCCCCUCCUCUUGUGACAUUACUCUCAGCAGAACCAGAGAUUCAGUAUGUUGCUUUACGCAACAUAAACCUAAUUGUGCAAAAGCGGCCUACUAUACUUGCCCAUGAAAUCAAGGUGUUUUUCUGCAAGUACAACGAUCCAAUUUAUGUGAAGAUGGAAAAGUUAGAAAUCAUGAUAAAGCUUGCUUCUGACAGAAAUAUCGACCAAGUUUUAUUGGAGUUCAAAGAAUAUGCUACAGAAGUAGAUGUAGAUUUUGUCCGGAAAGCUGUUCGUGCUAUUGGGCGAUGUGCUAUCAAGUUAGAGAGAGCAGCUGAACGGUGUAUUAGUGUCUUGCUUGAGUUGAUAAAGAUCAAAGUAAACUAUGUUGUUCAAGAAGCUAUUAUUGUGAUUAAGGAUAUAUUUAGGAGAUACCCGAACACCUAUGAGUCCAUAAUUGCCACACUUUGUGAGAGCUUAGACACCUUGGACGAGCCAGAGGCAAAGGCUUCAAUGAUUUGGAUUAUUGGUGAAUAUGCUGAAAGAAUUGAUAACGCUGACGAGCUUUUGGAAAGCUUUUUGGAAACAUUCCCGGAGGAACCUUCCCAGGUCCAAUUGCAGCUGCUGACUGCAACAGUUAAACUUUUUCUUAAGAAACCAACCGAAGGGCCACAACAGAUGAUCCAGGUUGUUUUGAAUAAUGCAACUGUUGAGACUGACAAUCCAGAUCUGAGAGAUCGUGCAUACAUAUAUUGGCGACUCCUAUCAACUGAUCCUGAGGCAGCAAAGGAUGUUGUUUUAGCGGAAAAGCCUGUAAUCAGUGAUGAUUCAAAUCAGCUUGACCCUUCUCUCUUAGAUGAGCUUCUUGCCAACAUUGCUACAUUGUCCUCUGUCUAUCACAAGCCCCCUGAUGUGUUUAUAACACGCGUGAAGACCUUGCAGAGAACUGAGGAAGAGUAUUAUCCUGAUGGCGAAGGAGGGAAUUCGGAAUCACCUUAUCAUGCAACUAAUACUGCUGCAUCAUCACCAGCCACCACAAGUAAUGCACAGCAUCCUGCUGGAAAGCAACCAGCUGCCGCGCCUGCAGCUCCUGCACCCGUUCCCGAUUUACUUGACCUUGGUAUGGACAAUAACAACAGUGCCAUUGUAUCUGUCGAUCAGCCUGCAAGCCCUGCUGGACCUCCUUUGCCAGUUCUAUUACCAGGGUCUACUGGUCAAGGUCUACAAAUCAGUGCUCAGCUGAUAAGAAAAGAUGGCCAGAUAUUUUACAGCAUGUACUUUGAGAACUAUACACAGAUUCCACUUGAUGGGUUUAUGAUCCAGUUCAACAAGAACACGUUUGGUCUUGCCGCUGGUGGACCGCUCCAGAUACCCCAAUUGCAACCUGGGACAUCCACUAGCACUCUUCUGCCUAUGGUUUUGUUCCAGAAUAUAUCUCCUGGUCCACCAAGUACACUUCUGCAGGUUGCUGUGAAAAACAGUCAGCAACCUGUGUGGUAUUUCAAUGACAAAAUUUCAUUGCUUGUAUUCUUUUCCGAGGACGGAAGAAUGGAGCGAUCAACAUUCCUUGAGACAUGGAAAUCUCUACCUGAUUCAAAUGAGAUUUCUAAGGACUUUCCAGCAAUAGUAGUGAACAGUGUUGAAGCGACCUUGGACCGGUUGGCUGCAUCCAACAUGUUCUUCAUUGCCAAACGCAAACACAUAAACCAAGAGGUACUGUAUCUCUCAGCCAAGAUUCCUCGGGGAAUCCCUUUCUUAAUUGAACUUACCGCAGCAAUUGGUGUCCCUGGCCUCAAAUGUGCUGUAAAAUCUCCAAGUACCGACUUGGCCCCACUUUUCUUCGAAGCCAUUGAGACUCUCCUCAAGAGUUACUAAGCUUGUUCUUGCUUUGCGCCUGAUCCUCAGCUGGUCUACCCUGGUUUUUUCUUCUGGAUAUAGGUUUUGUGAUAUUGUUGAAUCUUUGGACAAGAUUUUGGAGUUCUUUAUUAUUUGUUAUUAUUUAGUUUAAUUUCACAUCUGUCAAGACAGCUAUCAGCCUAUUUUUGUGGGCAUAUAGUGUAGGCUCUUGUAAAAAUGAUUUUGCUUGCUACCACUUUAUAUGAUCAUUUUCAAUAUUUGCCCUAU